ACAAAGCAUGUACCACACAAGUGUGGCCAAAUCAGAGGACUCCCAUUUUCUUGCCGAGGAAUUGACGCAGCCCUGACGAGGUUUUCAAUUCAAGCUCAACAACAGUGGCGACCAUAAGGAAAUUAGGCAAAUCAAAAAUUUCUGAUGCAGAUCCACUGCACCUGGACGCUUCAGCGCGUUCAAUUGCGGUCUUCCCCGUUGUUUCGGUGUAUUAAUAUAAACCCUCGAAGAAGUUCCUCCCCCUCAUCCAUUCUGGCCACCAUGUCCUCCGCCGUGUCGACUGAAAAGACCGCCGUCUUCGAUCAGAAUGGACCCACCCACGACUCGCAGAAGCCAUUGCAGGUUGCAAAUCGCCUGGAGAAGUUCAAGACAACCAUCUUCACUAGAAUGAGUAAUCUUGCAAUUCAAUAUGGGGGAAUAAACCUUGGCCAAGGCUUCCCGAACUUUGACGGUCCUGAAUUUGUAAAGGAAGCAGCAAUUCAAGCCAUCAAGGAUGGGAAAAAUCAAUACGCCCGUGGAUAUGGAGUGCCAGAUCUGAACUUGGCCAUUGCCGAGAGAUUCAAGAAAGAUGCUGGACUUGUGGUCGACCCUGAAAAGGAAGUUACGGUGACCUCCGGGUGUACGGAAGCCAUUGCUGCAACCAUGCUUGGUUUGAUAAAUCCCGGCGAUGAGGUGAUCCUCUUUGCUCCUUUUUAUGAUUCUUAUGAAGCCACUCUAUCAAUGGCUGGUGCCAAAGUCAAAUGCAUCACGUUACGCCCUCCGGAUUUUGCUCUCCCUAUAAAUGAGCUCAGGUCUGCAAUCUCAAAGGAUACCCGGGCUGUUCUUAUUAACACGCCGCACAACCCGACAGGAAAAAUGUUCACAAGGGAGGAACUGAAUGAGAUUGCCUCUCUCUGCAUUGAGAAUGAUGUGUUAGUUUUUGCUGAUGAAGUUUAUGACAAACUGUCCUUUGAAAUGGACCACAUUUCCAUAGCCUCUCUUCCAGGAAUGUACGAGCGUACUGUUACCAUGAAUUCUCUGGGAAAAACAUUCUCCCUGACUGGUUGGAAGAUCGGGUGGGCAAUUGCCCCGCCUCAUCUGACAUGGGGAGUGCGACAGGCACACGCUUUCCUUACGUUUGCUACUUCCACUCCGAUGCAGUCCGCUGCUGCUACAGCUCUCCGAGCACCCGAAUCUUACUACGAGGAGCUGAAGAAAGAUUACCUGGCAAAGAAAGCCAUUUUGGUCGAAGGACUAAAGGCAGUUGGUUUCAAGGUCUUUCCAUCAAGAGGAACCUACUUUAUCAUUGUUGACCACACCCCUUUCGGGUUGAAAAACGACGUCGAUUUCUGCGAGUUUCUAAUCAAAGAAGUGGGAGUCGUAGCUAUUCCAACCAGCGUGUUCUACCUAAACCCAGAAGAUGGAAAAAACCUAGUUAGAUUUACAUUCUGCAAAGACGAGAACACCCUCAGGGCCGCAGUCGAGAGGAUGAAGAAGAAACUCAUUAGAAAGUCGUGAUCGCCGAGCCUAGUUUCGUCAAAGAAAAAAUUUUAUUCCACAUGGAGUGUUUCACAUCUGAGUGGUAUAAGGUUAGCUCUUUCUCCUCGUACUUGGGAGUUCAACUUUUCCCAUCAAUGAAUUAAUAAAUCUAGUUGAAUAAUCAUUUAUAGUUGCUUUGUUUGCUUGAAGCUUGAUAAAAAAUGAGCAAUUGUCCUGUUCAAUAUAGCUGCAUUGGAUUGGGUGGUCAA